UCUAUCCAGCUUUAAUUUCCUGUGAAGAAAUUGUCAAAGCGAGUAAUGAUGGACCAGUGAUCUUGAAGUUUAACCAGUUUACCUUAGAGGUCAUUAUACCGAGUUAUCGGGCGUUUUUCCUGUGGCUUUAUAAUACCCGGUUACCAGUCUAUCCAGCUUUAAUUUCCUGUGAAGAAAUUGUUAAAGCGGGUAAUGAUGGACCAGUGAUCUUGGAAGCUUUGCUUUAG